CAAAAUACUCACACAGUGCUGUAGAAGAUCCAGCUUGAGCAAUGACAUCUUCAGGAUUGCCUCUGUUGUGUCUCCUGCUCCUGGAAACUGGAGUUCAGGGUUUUGGGAUAUUGCCAGGUGACUCUCUAAAUCACCUGGAAAUCACAAAGCAAGCAAUACUGGAAACCACUGUGCAGACCUGCCGUGCUUUGGCCCAAAAAGAGGGGACAAACUUCAAUUCUCCAACACAGCCUUUCACCACAGAGGGGGUCACUGCAGCCUGCAACACACCGCAGUCCUCUAAGACUUUUCGCCAAGCAAUCUUUUUUAUCCAGCUGAGGAAUAUACGAGUCGACAUCCGCCACGCUCUCAAUGCAAGCUUUCACUUCGAUGACGAAAACUUCAUUCAAGGAAGGAGAAUCAUCACAGAGGGAAUAACAGCUGUCAAAGCCAGCAACAAGCAAGAGAAUUACGAGGCAGCAAGAGAGAUAUUAGGACAAAUUCUGCAUCCUUUACAGGACUUCUACAGUCACAGUAACUGGGUGGAACUGGGAAACACACUACCAAACUCUAAUCUUAUCAGAGCUGACAACAGCGUUGGUAACAUAGCAGAGGAAAGCAGGGCGACAUGUCGCAGUUGUGAUGGAGACGACUGCAGGAACAACAUCCUGGAUGACAUCAUAGCGCAGAAGAUUUUGACCUCUGGCUACUUUAGCAUCAUUCCUGGUGUCGCAACCAAACCAGAAGGAAAGUGCAGUCAUGGAGGAGCAGUCGAUCUAACGAGUCAGAUCGAGCCUAAAGGUGGGAUCAACAAAGACAGCUUCACAUCCAGCCAUGGACAUCUACACAGACAAGCAGCAAACGUGGCAGUAGCUGCAACCAGUGGGCUCCUAGAGGACAUCCGGAGAGCUGCUGGGGACAAACCUUUCCUAGAGAUGGUGGGGAUCUUGAAAGGAUCCAGUAAAGCUCUUUGUUUUGUCAUUGACACCUCAAGCAGCAUGAGUGAUGAAAUUAGAACAGUGAAGACUGUCACGUCCACAAUAAUCAAUGAUCAUGUGGGAACAGCAGAAGAGCCCUCAACUUACAUUCUUGUACCUUUCAGUGAUCCAGGAUUUGGGCCCCUGAUUAGGACCUCGGACUCCACACUUUUCAAGAAUGUUGUUAACUCACUGACAGCAACUGGUGGAGGAGAUGAUGAGGAAAACAGUCUUUCGGGGUUACAGGUCGCUUUGACUAGUGCCCCUUUCAAUUCUGAGAUCUUCCUCUUCACGGAUGCGCCUGCUAAAGACAAACACUUGAGGAGCACAGUGAUCGCACUCAUAGAGCGGACACAAACAGUGGUGAACUUCAUGAUUACCGACUCAGUGGUGACUAAUCGCCGCAGAAGGAGAGACCAGCGACGGUCCAGAAGAAUAGCAGCAUCUGACCUUCAGCUGUACAGAGACCUGGCUCAGGUGUCAGGAGGUCAGGCUAUUGAAAUCACAAAGGCUGAUCUACCUGUUGCCACAAAAAUCAUUACACAAUCCACCAGCUCCUCUACGGUGACACUUCUUCAGGCAGCCAGGAGCCCUGGACAACCUUCAAAUUUCAAUUUUAGAAUUGACACAACAGUAACAAACCCAACAGUUCAUAUCACCGGGACCGCUGUCAGUUUCACGCUCGUCAGCCCUGCAGGUGUAUCUCAGGUCAGCACUGACACGACAGGAUCACUCAUCACUUCAGUCUCGUUAGUGGGAAACCUCCAAACGGUGCAGCUACAGACACAAGUCGGAGACUGGGAAAUCAGAAUGGAUUCGACUAACCCCUACACUUUGAAAGUCAUAGGUCAAAGUUCGAUUGACUUCUUGUUUGACUUCGUGGAGCCGUCUCGUGGCCCGUUCCCUGGAUUUGAUGCCCUGGACACGCGCCCCCGCGCUGGUCUCAACGGCAGCCUGUUGGUGUCUUUAAGUGGGAGCGACUCUGCCACGCUGACAGAAGUCGCUCUAGUUGAGUCCUCAGGGUCACAGGAGAUUAAAGGAGAUGUGGUGCCACAGGGGAGUGGGAACUUUUUAGUCCAUGUUGCUAUGAUACCGUCAGUGGAGUUUGUAGUUCGGGUGACAGGAAGUAUUCCCAGCUCUUCAAAUGUCUUCCGAAGGCAGUCGCCCACCACCUUCCGAGCUUCCAAUGUGACUGUAACUGCGGAUCCAGAGAGCAUACUGGUACCAGGCACACCACUCUUAGUGCCCUUCUCCCUGACGACGAAUGGAACCGGUGGGAACUUCACCGUCCGAGCCACCAACAACAGACAAUUCGACCUAACAUCUCCGUCCCUUUUAUUUGUGGAGAGUGGAAAUACUACUAAUGGCACAGUGAGCCUUUCAGCACCUCUCAACACCAUCUCUGGCACGGAUGUCACACUGACGAUUGAGGCGGAGGCUCCAGGGGCAGCAGACACAAACUACAUCGUACUGCGCAUCUCUGUUCUUAAUCCGGUGACUGAUUACACUCUGCCAGGGUGCCAGCUGCUCAGCCUGGUGUCCAACUGCUCUGAAAACUGCAGCCUGUCGACAUGGAAGCUCUCCGUCAGGGCCACUGAUGGGGUUGAAGGGGCUGGUGUCGACCGGGUCAGCCUCGUACAAGGCAAUGGGACCCUGAACGCCACCCUGGUAGCUGGCGACGACAACACCAGGCUGGUAACCUACACUGCGUCCUGCUGUGCACCCGAUGUGGAGCUGCUGGUUGUGGAUCGGGUGGGGAACGUGGGCUCCUGCCUCUACAGUGCCCAAGGGGGCUCAACCGCCGCCGUCUCUGCGUCCAGCAGAGUCAGGCUCUCACCCUUCCUGUGGCUGUUGGGCAUCGUGGCACUAGGUGUAUUAAUGUGCUAAUGACUCAAUCAAUAAUGAAGAACAAAUCAAUGGUUAAGAAAUACCGUAUUUUCCGCACU